UUACACACUCUCCCCACUGACAAGAAGACUGAGACGCGAAGCCAAAGAGAGAGAACCAAAGAUAAUAGUAAUGUAAUGCAAUAUAAUGUGUUCUUGAAAUUUGUGUACAUACUAAUACUGGGAAACAACAACGCGAGUGGAGCAGACCAAGCUUGUUUAGGGUUUCUUUAUUCAUCUGCUCCCCCCAUUUUAUUUCUCAAUUUCAAACACACACACACACAGUGUCUCUCUCUCUGUUCGUUUCGCAGCCGCAGCUUCAUCUUUUCAGGAUUCCUCUAAGCUGCCGCAGGUCUUUGUGCAGUUGAGUAGGUGGGCCUUCAGCGUAGAGUGAUAUAUCUUCUUUCUGAGGAAUUCUAAUAUGCAGACACCAAAGACAAGAACUGGAUCCUUGGAAGUGCCUCAAAGGUCAUCGCCAGCUACACCCCGAAGUAAUAAGCAGCAGAAGACGACAGGGGCAGACUCCGAUUCAGUUCCCUCUCCAGCAACAAGGACACCUGUAGCAAGAAGUCCCAAAAUCGCUGAUCGCCGAUCUCCUCGUAGUCCAGCAUCUGAGGCGAAGAAACGACCUGGAAGAAUAUCUGAUCUGGAAAAUCAGCUUAGUCAGCUGCAAGAGGAACUGAAAAAGGCAAAUGACCAGCUGAAGUCAUCUGAGUCAUUGAAGAAGCAGGCUCAGCUAGACAAUGAAGAAGCAAAGAAACAGCUGGAUGCUAUGUCAGCAAAGCUUGAGGAGUCUGAACAGCAGAUACAUGAACUUUCUGCUUCUGAGGAUUCUCGAGUUCAAGAACUGCGUAAAAUCUCUCAGGAUCGAGAUAGAGCAUGGCAGUCUGAACUUGAAGCUGUCCAGAAACAUCACUCAAUAGACUCUGCUGCCUUGUCUUCUGCCAUGAAUGAUAUACAGAAGUUAAAGAUGCAACUUGAGCGAGUAGCUGAAUCUGAAGCUACUUAUGCUAGGCGUGCAGAAUCAGCUCAUGCUGAGGUACAGAGCUUAAGGCAGGAACUAAGUGAAACACUAAAUCUGGUUGAGAGUCUGAAACAUGAGCUAAGUGAUUGUGAAGAAUCUAAAGCUCAGGCAUUGGAAGCUGUCAAAGAAACUGAAUCGCAGUUAGUGAUGGCAAGAUCAACUGAGGAAACAUUAAGGUCUGAAGGCCUGAAAGCUAAGGAAGCUUACAAUUCUGUUGCUGUGGAAUUGGAGCAAUCCAAAAAUCAAGUUCUUCAUCUGGAGGGACUUGUAAGCAAACUUCAGAAGGAAUUUGCCAGUGAAAGCAGCAAAAGUACAGCAGAUCCUUCAGGGAGUAUCACAGUUGCUCAGGAAAGUGAUGAAUAUGAGAAAUCAGGUGAGGUCGAAAAGGAGCUUAACAAUGUUAAAUCUGAGGUAGUUCAGUUAAGGUCUGAAUUAGAGGCAGCUGAAAGAAGAUAUCAGGAAGAAUAUAUCCAAAGCACACUGCAGAUCAGAAGUGCAUAUGAAGUAGUGGAGCACACCAAGUUAGAAUCUCGCAAGCGUGAAGCUGAAUUAGAGGCAAUUUUGAACUCGGCAAAAUCUGAUGUUGAAGAAUUAAAGUCAAAGCUGAUGGACAAGGAAACAAAUUUCCACACCAUAUCGGAGGAGAAUCAAGGCUUACAUUUAAAGGUUAUGGAGAAUCAGUUGUCUGGAAGAGAGUCUGAACUUGAAUUAGAGGUGAAAAAGUUUGAGCAGGAUUUAGUGGAAUUGAAAGCGAGUUUGCUGGACAAAGAGAUUAAAUUGCAGGGCAUCACAGAGGAAAAUGAGACACUGAAGAUGGAAAUAGAGAAGAGAGAGCUAGAGAAAGACAAGGUGAAUGACGAGACCCUGGAACUAGCUGAAGCAGCAAGGGAUGCAGAGCGGGAAGCACUAAUGAAGCUCAGUUAUUUGACAGAGGAAGCUGAUAAAAGUAGUAGGAAGACAGCUCGAGUUACUGAACAGCUGGAUGCAGCUCAGGCGGCAAAUGCGGAGAUGGAAGCUGAACUGAGGAGAUUGAAGGUGCAAUCUGAUCAGUGGAGGAAAGCGGCUGAGGCAGCUGCUGCUAUGCUUACGACUGGUAAUAAUGGCAAGAUUGAGAGGAGUGGUUCUCUUGACAACAACUAUCAUACCAUUGGAGGAAAGUUGAGUUCACCCUUUUCAGAGGACAUGGACGACGAGUCUCCAAAGAAGAAGAAUGGAAACAUGCUGAAGAAAAUCGGAAUUCUGCUAAAGAAGAGCCAGAAAUAAAACCAUAUGGCAGAUUGCAGUUACAUGUGAGUUCCAUUGUUAUUUCAGGAAGAUUUCUAGGUGGUAGCUGUUGGGCUUCAAAAAAUAUUAAGCAGGAUAACUAUUUGGCAGAAGUUUUUGUAUAGUUAUGCGGAAGUAGACGAACCUUGUUAAUCUAUUUCACCUUCCAUAUGUCGUGGGGGAUCUUACAUUAACCACAACUAUGUAAUCGCUAUUUCUCUCUUUCUCAUAUGUCCUCUUUAUCUUUUGCUGUUUA